AUGGAUUCUGGAAACGACGAUGACAUGUCAAGUACUGAAAUAGUAAGCAGUCCAUAUUCUGGAGAUAGUGACAACACUAUUGAAGAAGUAAGCGUGAUUAAGGGCAGCGUGAAGAGGUCAGCUACAUCUGAUGAGCUGCUCAACAAUCUAAACACAACCUCUGAAGACGAGCACGACUUCACUGAAGUGAAGAAGCGCCCGCGGCGAAUGCAGACGGGAAGUGACAACAAAAGAAUAAGCCCGUUGGAAGGCGCUACGGUCAUUUUCGCGCCUAUCCACCGAGAUGUACAGCUCGCGAAAAUAAACCACCUGAAGUUGUCGGAGUACCUCGCUUCAGAACUCCCUGGAAGGAUAAAAGAAAUACGCUGGAAUCCCACAAGAAAUAUCAUAGCUGUUGACGUCACUGUCCCUGCAGCCAAGGCUACCCUGAUGAAACUGACCAACAUAUGUGCAAUACCGGUACAUGCAUAUGAGCCCCGCCCGCCAAGCUCUUGUUUCGGAGUGCUAAAAGAUGUAGAUCCUUCUUUGAGCAACGCUCAAAUUUUAGAAGCAAUCAAAAGCGAUUCACCAGUACUAGCAGCGCGCCGCAUCAGGGAAAAUGCAGGAGCCAUCAGGAUUACGUUCCUAGAGAAAACGCCACCACAGCAAAUUACCUUCCACCUUGUGAGUAUGCACGUGUAUCAGUUUCAGCCAAGAGCACUACAGUGCGAGAAGUGCUAUCGGUAUGGUCAUAUAUCGACAUGCUGUAACAGAAAACAAGUUUGUGCAAACUGUGGCAGUGCCCACGAGAACGACGAGUGCCAAAGGAAAGAACCGCUUUGCGUCAACUGCGGAGGGACCCACUCCCCUGCUGCUAAAGACUGUCCCGAACUGAAAGAUCAGAAACGCAUUGCCAGGGCUAGGUCCCGUUCCAACAGCAUAUACAGAGAGGCGAAACAACACGUGGCCAAAAGACAACGACAUGGAAAACAAACACCUUGGUCCGCUCAUUGGACAAGUGCCACCCACGGAACUACCACAAAACUAGAGAACAAGAGGAUUUCGCAACCUCAAGGCUUGCCUGAAAUGAUGAUGUCUAGCGAAACCCACGAUAACCUGGCUAACUUCCUGUUGUGUUGCUUGGUAUACGAUGAGAAGCACGCACCGUCAGAUUCACGGUAUACUCUUUAUUCCGCCAUCUUGAUAAUCUCUCCUGGUUGCCAGCACAACAAUCGGGGCAGGUUGUAUGGACGUGGAUAA